AAAAUAUUAAUACUAAUUAUUAUCAUGUUUCUUCCUAAACUUUCCAUGACUUACUUUUCUGUGGAAAAUUUAGUGAAAUGAGUUAAAUUAAAAUUUGUCGCCUAACUCUGCUCCCUCACACGCACACGCAGAUCCUUCAAGAGUGUACUGUGCAGACAUGUAUAAGAACCGGUUGCAAGAGUUGGCUCAAAGAAGCUGUUUUAAUUUGCCGGCCUAUUCAUGCAUUCGUGAAGGGCCAGAUCAUGCUCCUCGUUUCAAGGUAACUGUCAACUUCAAUGGAGAAACCUUUGAAAGCCCUACAUUUUGCUCUACUCUUAGACAGGCCGAACAUGCUGCAGCUGAGGUAGCUCUCAACACACUCGCAACCAGAGGUCCCUCUAGAACUUUGGCAGCUAGAGUUCUGGAUGAAACAGGAGUAUACAAGAAUUUGCUCCAGGAAACUGCCCACAGAGCUGGACUGAACCUUCCUGUUUAUAGGACUAUUCGUGCAGGACCAGGUCAUGUCCCUAACUUCUAUUGUACCGUUGAGAUUGCUGGAAUGCAUUUUACUGGAGACCCAGCUAGGACCAAAAAACAGGCUCAGAAAAAUGCUGCAAUAGCUGCUUGGUCUGCAUUGAGAAAAUUGUCAGCAAAUCAGUUAUCUUCUUCAACUUCAUCCUCAUUUUCAUCCGAGUCUAAAAGCAAUGAAGAACAAGAACAUGUUAUUAUUGCUCGGGUCCUUGCAAGCUUACAAUCAUCUGGGUCAAAGAACUUUCCGGAAUGUGAUCAUCAACAUAGAUGGCAAAAGUCAACUACAACCUCAUUGGUGUCAACCCAGCCAACUCCAGGGAUGUAUCCUAUGCAAUACCAGCAUUGUGGAAUCUCUAAUUUCUCGCCCGAAUUGGCUCUUUAUCAGACUUGGCAGCAAGAACAAAUUAUGCAGCAAAUGAUGGCACUAACCAUUCAACCAAUUAUUCCACCCGCUCCACAGAUUUAUCCACUAAUGCAAUCUGUGAUCCAGCCAGAUCGCUAUCUCUAUUUUCCAUCUAAAGAGUUAUCAUCAUUCCCUGUAGGACCAAAUUUCUCUAUUGCUACACCAAGGCCUCCAUUUUACUAUUCAAACCAAAUUGUCCCCCAGUUAAACACGGGUAGGUCAACAGUAACCAUUAGAGAGAUACAAGAAGAAAAAGCAGAAGACUCCCAAGUUUGCAACUUUAGCAAUGAGACAAGAGUCCAAUCACCAGCUCCAGAGAAUGUGAGACAGAAUCAUGUCGGCUCUCGAAGCAGUAGUAGUAGAAAUGGACUGGUAGGAGAACAAAGUUUGAAAUCUGAAUGGGAUUCUCAUAGGAGCAUGCAAAACCCAUCCAGGAUUACUAUAGCACAUUCACAAGCAAGUUCCAAUAGAUGUUUUAGAUCACCAGCAGCUUCAUAUUCCACCGUGAGAACCACGGGCCCUACUUCAUCGACUGGUUCCACAGUGCAGCAUAGAGAAGUACCUAUGGCUGUUGCUCCAAGGUUGAGAACUGGGGUCCCACAAAAUCCAGGCAUGGUAAGAACGCCUACUCCUCGAUUCAAUAUGGCCCCAGCUGUGAGAAUCAGAUCAGUAGUUCCAGUCUGCUCAGCUCCUCCAAGGAGGUCCGUGGCAGAGACGUCCAAAAGCAAUGAAAAAGGAGUUUCUAAACCCAAAGACAAAUGAGGUCCCAAGAACUAAGCUCUGAGCUUGGCCAUCUUAAUUCUCAAAUAUAAAUAUUAUGAGUAUUAAGUAAUGAGUAUAGCGGUUAAAAGUUAAAACAUGUAGUGGUAGGUCGUGCCAAAUAAUAUGUUGGUUGCCUUUGUAGAUAAGUAAACAAAAACUCUACAAAUAUGUUCCAACCUCCAACUUUGACAAGAGAUCCCACCGAUUUAAUCGGGUGUGGGAAUUGAAGUCAGGUUUACCUGACUUGUAAUGGUGAGCGGAUUUGAUAAUGUAAAUUCUCACCUAAGUUAUUAUAGUAAUAGUUCGAUCGUGAAAUUAAGAUUAAACGGUUCUUCCCUGAUAAAAA